CCCUGCGCGUCCGGUACAAUCGCCACUUCCAUAACACCAAGAGUCAAUACAAAAAAAAAGCCGACUCCAUUAUUAUCCCUCUCUCUACAAAAAAAACAGUAGAGAGAGAUAUAGAGAGCAUCAAUGGCGUCGUCGUCAAGACUUUGCGAUUCGUGCAAAUCGACGGCAGCAACUCUAUUCUGCCGCGCAGACGCCGCGUUUCUCUGCGGCGACUGCGACGGUAAGAUCCACACAGCUAACAAACUCGCAUCACGUCACGAACGAGUUUGGCUAUGUGAAGUAUGCGAACAAGCACCAGCACACGUCACGUGCAAAGCUGACGCCGCUGCGUUAUGCGUCACGUGCGACCGUGAUAUCCACUCAGCUAAUCCACUCUCUCGCCGCCACGAGCGCGUACCAAUCACUCCUUUCUACGACGCUGUAGGUCCAGCAAAAUCCGCUUCCUCCUCCGUCAAUUUCGUAGAUGAAGAUGGCGGUGACGUCACUGCUUCGUGGCUUUUAGCUAAAGAAGGAAUCGAAAUCACUAAUUUGUUCUCCGAUCUUGAUUAUCCGAAGAUUGAGGUAACGUCGGAGGAGAAUAGCUCCGGUAACGACGGAGUUGUUCCUGUGCAGAAUAAGUUGUUUCUUAACGAAGAUUACUUCAAUUUCGAUCUCUCUGCUUCCAAAAUUUCUCAACAAGGAUUCAAUUUCAUCAACCAAACUGUUUCGACGAGAACGAUAGAUGUACCGUUGGUGCCUGAAAGUGGAGGAGUGACGGCGGAGAUGACGAACACGGAGACGCCAGCUGUGCAGUUAUCACCGGCGGAGAGGGAAGCAAGGGUUUUGAGGUAUAGAGAGAAGAGGAAGAAUCGGAAAUUUGAGAAGACGAUUAGGUAUGCGUCGCGUAAAGCUUACGCUGAGAUGAGGCCGAGAAUCAAAGGACGUUUUGCUAAGAGAACAGAUUCGAGAGAGAAUGAUGGUGGAGACGUCGGAGUUUAUGGCGGAUUCGGUGUUGUUCCGAGUUUCUGAUAUUUUCCGGUGAAAGAAACAUGGUAGUAGUAUAUCGGUUAAUAGCAGAUUAAGGAUAAUUAAAACUAAAAUGUUUCCUGAUUUAAUCAGGGGCUAAGUUAUUGUUAGAAGAUUGUUGUUUUUUGAAUUAAUUCUCACAAUUGUAUCCUAAAUUAUAUAGUUUACUUAAUGUUGAACUAAUAAAUUUUGAUUUACAAUC